GGAAGAAGGGGUCUCGAUUCAGACCCCAAGAGAGGGUUUUUGGGUCUACCGCAGGGAAGAAUUGGAGGCGAGUCACAAGGCGCAGUAAAGGAAGCAAGUUUAUUGGCAUCUACUCCGUUACAGAGUCGCAAGUCCUCAGACUGCAAGAGGAGGAACUCCCGUCCUUCCGUAGUGUCACUACUUAGAGGCAACUGUGAGGACAGCAAGAAUCGCUUGACAAUUGGUUUGUGAGCAUAAUGGCAUCUAUAAACAGAACCAUUGAAAUAAUUAAAAAACAUGGAGUAAGCAAACAACAUCUCCUGGAGGAGAUAAACAAAAAGCGUGAAUCCAACUGCUUGGUGGAACGAAGCAAUCAAGUCAGCUUACUGAGAGUUCAAAAGAGGCACUUCCCGGGUGCCUGUCAGUCCUUUACUCAUACCACAACCAAAGAGCCUAUUCCCGACAGUGGCAGGAGCUCCUGGGUCAAGCUGAGUCUCCUUGCUCACAUGGAGAGAAAGCACUUUCCACCAAAAAAUAAUGCCAUAUUUGGAUAAAGUGCAUCUCCAGAGACAAAGACACACAGAAAUAC